AUGGCUGACAACGCCAAUAAUGGCAACAAUGGACACAACGGAGGAGGUGUAGAAGACCAGGCUAAUGGACAUAACAACAAUGACCGUAGCCUGAGGGACUACUUACUUCCUAACUUGACAGGGGCCCGAUCCUGCAUAAGGCCACCUGCUGUUGAUGCAAACAAUUUUGAAAUCAAGCCAGCCAUACUGCAGAUGGUCCAAUCUUCAGUCCAGUUUGGGGGACUGCCGUCAGAAGACCCAAACAUGCACCUCGCCAACUUCGAAGAACUGUGCCAGACAUUCAAGAUCAACGGAGUUAGCGAUGACGCCAUCAGACUGAGGCUGUUCCCAUUCUCACUAAAAGAACGAGCCAAAAGUUGGUUUAUUUCUUUACCAACUCAUUCUAUCAACACUUGGGAGGAAUUGGCCCUGAAAUUCCUAUCCAAGUUCUUUCCUCCUGCAAAGAUUGCCAAGCUGAGAGCUGAUAUCAAUAACUUCACCCAACAGGACAGUGAAUCUCUUUAUGAAGCAUGGGAGAGGUUCAAGGACUUACUGAGAAAGUUCCCUAAUCAUGGGAUUGAGAAGUGGCUACAAGUGCACAACUUUUACAAUGGGUUGAUGAAUGAAACCCGAACACUCAUAGAUGCCGCUGCUGGUGGAGCUUUCAUGAGGAAAAGUGCUAAUGAGGCCUUUGAAUUACUUGAAGAGAUGGCCAUGACUAACCAACAAUGGUCAACAGAAAGAGGUCCAUCUAAAAAAGUUGCAGGUAUGUAUGAAGUGGAUGCUAUUACCAAGUUGACAGCUCAGGUAGAGGCCCUAACAAAACUGAUAACUGUUCAAGUAAAACAAGCUCAGGUGGUUUGUGAGCUAUGUGGAGGUCCUCACCCCUAUGAGGAAUGUCCGGUGGAUGUGAAUAGUUUACCAAUGGAUCAAGCAAAAGUCAUUGGAAACUAUGCCCAAAAUAAUAAUUAUGGGCGCAACCAGCAGGCGUUCUACCAGCAGAGAAAUCAGCCCCAACAAAACCAACAACAGCUGCAACAGCAAGAAACUCAGAUGGAACAAUUGACUACUCAAGUGGCAAAACUAGCUCAAGAGAAUUCACCUAGCACUAGUGAGGUAAAAGGACAAGAACAAUGUAAAGCAAUCUCCUUGAGGAGUGGAAAGAGUUAUGAUGGCCCGAGCCAAGCCAAGCCAGAGAAUGGAGAAGAUGAACAACCAGCACCUACACCAGAAAAGCAGAAGACUACUGAUGGUCUUCAGCAAAAAGAAACUUCUCCCCCUAUUAGUAUUGACCAUCAUAUAAAGAUUCCUUAUCCCCAGAGGUUGCGCAAGACUAAUACAGACAAGCAGUUUAGCAAGUUUCUUGAAGUAUUCAGAAAGCUGCACAUCAACAUUCCUUUUGCAGAAGCUCUUGAACAAAUGCCAAGCUACGUCAAAUUCAUGAAGGAGAUUUUGUCAAAGAAAAGAAAGAUGGAAGAAUUUGAGAUGGUGGCACUUACUGAAGAGUGCAGUGCGGUCCUGCAGAAGAAACUACCACCCAAGCUAAAAGAUCCGGGUAGUUUCAACAUCCCAUGCUCAAUAGGGGGUUCUAUACAAACAAAAGCUUUAUGUGAUCUGGGAGCCAGUAUCAACUUAAUGCCCCUAUCAAUGUUCAAAAGAUUAAAAUUAGGGGAAGCUAAACCCACAACAGUUACUUUACAAAUGGCAGAUCGGUCUUUGACUCAUCCUCGGGGUAUAAUUGAAGAUGUCUUGGUAAAGGUUGGUAAGUUCAUCUUCCUUGUUGAUUUCUUAAUACUUGACAUGGAGGAAGAUGAGAAUAUUCCUAUCAUCUUGGGAAGACCAUUCCUGGCAACGGGAAGAGCAUUAAUUGAUGUACAGAAGGGGGAGUUAAAGUUGCGUGUUCAAAAAGAAGAAGAAACUUUCAAAGUGUUUUCUGCAACUGAAAUUCCUACUUGUUGUCGACUAGAAGUUGGAAAGGAUGGUCGAGAAGUCACUACCAACAAGACAAAAGGGAAGUCUAAAGAACGAUUUCGAACUGUUCGACGACGUAUGAAAAGAUUGUUGUGUGGAAAUUAUGAAGGUGACUCUCAAUCUAAGCAAAGCUCUAAAAUUUGCAGCGUUGGAGGUCAGUUUUCGUCGUUUGGCAUAAAGGCCCUCAUGGAUGCGAGAGGUGGAUUCUACCCACCACCACCUCCCCCGCCAUACUGA